AUGCUCGAGAUUUUUGCCUACAAGAAAUACAAGAAGAACAAGGCGGAGAAGGAAAAGGCCAAGCAGGACGAAGGCGGGGCCAAUGCCACCGCCGCCAGCCCGAGCCUGAGCCCCAAAGUCGGCGGCACUGCAACCCCGGCCCAGCUGCUCGGCGAUGACGACGCCCAAUUCCUCGAGCGCCUGACGACGUCGUCGGCCGACAACUACAGUGACGACGACGUAGGAUCGCGGCCCCCCCUGCCGCCGCGCGUCAAGACGCCCGACCUGACGUGGGAUAGCGACAGCGAGAGCUUCAAGCCUGCCACCGAUUCCGCUACGUCUACCGCCGCUAAGGGCAAAGAAAACAAGAACGUGCUCAACCGGCUCUCGCUAUCAAUCCGCCGGCGCAAAGAUGGCGCGACGUUCGCCGCCAAGCAGCGCUUCUCGAGCAGCAACAACAACAACCAGCUAGCCGUCCCGGUGCCCGAAGUCGACCGCGAGCGUGACGACUUGUCGCGGGUGCUGGACGACCUGAACCUGGCGGCGCGCAAUAACAAGGCCUUUUCGCUCAGCGCCGACUCUUCGGAACUGGUGGGCAAGUUCACGCUUGUCCUCAAAGACCUGGUCAACGGGGUGCCGACGGCGGGGCGCGACCUAGCAGCACUAGUACAGGACCGCGACGGGGCCAUCGCGAAGCAGUACGAGAAGCUGCCCAAGUCGCUCAAGAAGCUAGUGAUGCAGCUGCCGGACAAGCUGACGUCGUCGCUGGCACCGGAGCUGCUGGCGGUGGCGGCCGAGGCGCAGGGCGUGGAGUCCAAGAGCGACGGGGGCAUCAAGGGUGCGGCCAAGCGCCUGCUGCAUCCCAAGAACCUGAUGGACCUGGUGACGAAGCCGGGCGCCGUCGUUAGCAUGCUUAAGGGCAUCAUGAACGCGCUCAAGCUGCGGUGGCCGGCCUUCAUCGGCACCAACGUUAUCUGGAGCGUCGCGCUGUUCCUGCUACUGUUCGUCUUGUGGUACUGCCACAAGCGCGGCCGCGAGGUGCGCCUCGACCGGGAGAAGUCUGACGCCGACCUGGCCACCGGCACCAUCGACGGCGCCAGCCGCAUCGAGGAGCUGCCCGACGACCCCGCGCUGCCCGCGCCG